CAGCCGGCGAGAACGGGGUAUUAGAGGUUGCGCGCCGCUUUCUGGAAGGGACGGAAAUAUGGACCGCAGGAGCCUGGCUCAGGAGCUGCGCCGGUGGGUGGUGGAGGAAAUGGGGCUCACGCCACAGAAGGCCCCCAGUGAAGACAUCCUACAGCGACUCUUCAUUGGCCAGUGCGCCGACAUCUGGAAGUACGUAAUACGUCACGUGUACAAUCAGAGGACCGUGCGGAAUAUAGAAGGAAAUCUCCUGUGGUACCAACAGCUCCAGCACUCAGAGGCCCAGCGGUCCGCUAAGGAGGAGGAACAGCAGCGCAGGAAGCAGCUGUGCCGCGAGAUCCUCGACCUGCGCUCUGAAGUACAGCAUCUGCAGGAGCAAAUCCACAAUGCGGAGCGGGAGAUCGUCAGCCGCGAUUUGAACAACGAGCGAUCGCAGGAUUUCUGCCGCCGCUCUCUGUUGCUGCAGGCUUUUAAGAAGAAGCGGGAGACUGAGUGCGAGGCGCUGUGCGAGAGCACCGUCCGGAUACAGUUCCGCUGCCAGCAGCUGCGAGACAUCAACCGGUUGUCGCAGAGAGACGUGGCGUUUGGCACCGUGGAUUCCGGCGUAAUCACCGCCACGUACCCCGAGCCCGAAGUCCUGAGAGAUGUCCGGGACGUGUGCCAGAUGCGCUACGACUUUCUGCAGUCUCUUCACGACGAUUCGCUGAUGGGCUCCGUACCAGUGAGCAGCGGAGACGCGCGGUCCCUUUCGCACCAGCAGUGGAUGAGCGUUUCAGAGAAAAUCUGGUCGUCUUAUGCCCCCAAUCACGUUCUGUCUGCGCUCCAACGCCUUGCCCUGGAAACCACGGAGGAGCUGCGACAUCUUCAGUCGUCGUUUGCCUCCGACCGGGCCGAGCUGUCCCGCAACGCCUCGGAAACCUCUUACAGUAACCAAGAGGAACCGGAUCCCUCCGAGACCUUCAAGCCGAGCAGAUCUGUCUCUGAGGGUGUGCAGCCGGAUCGCUCGGAGAAGUUGCCCUCCUUCAAGCGCCUCCUUCAGGAAGGGUGGGGAGACUCGGUUAAGGUCUCCUCUCAACUGCAUCUCGUUCAGCAUCAAGUGGAAGAGCUGUCAGAGCGCCUGGCGAGUAUAAUACAGGAGACGCACAAAACGCUUUCUGACGGGAAUGAGCUGACGGCGCUCACCAGGGCGGCGUUUGACGCGGAGCUGCGCGCGGUGCUUUUGCGCGGCUGCCGGGACGGCCUUCUGCUGGAGUGCAGGGCUCUUCAGGACGAGGCGGCUGAGAAGAUGCAGGGAGUGAAGCUCCUCCAGCAGCAGCAGCAAAACAUCCAGGACUCCUGCCAUCUCCUGGAGAAAAAACAAAACCAGAUCCAGAUUCUGAUCAAAGGAAACUCUGCCUCCAAAGCCCAAAUACAGCGAAGCCGCGCGGAGGCCCAGACUUAUAUCCAGGAGAAGCUGCUCCCUCGGCCCCAAGAGGUUAUUCAGGAAUCCCAGAGGCUGCAGGACUCCAUCCAGAAAGAAGUCAAACACUUCUCGGCGAUCUUCCUGCCGGCGCUGCAGAAAGUGUGUGCCGACGGCGUAAACCACGUUCCCGCGCAUGAACUGUCCAUUAACCGGCUGUCACAUGUAAACAGCCCCUACUACAACACCUUCAAAGGGCUUUACGAGAGCUUGGGUGUCUCUAUUUAUAAGGCCCCCGAGUGCAUCCUCGGUCACGUCGCCGAUCUGAAGAAGCAUCUGUUUUUCCUGCGCGCCCAACUUACCAGCCGCAACCAGGCGGUGCACAGCUUACAGCGCAAACUGCGCGAGAAACAGAAUCCCGACACGGAGGCUCUGCUGAGACUACUCUCUGAACACUACGCCGAGCAAACGGAGCGUCUCGUUCCCAAACUCCAGCACCUGAUUCAGCAGUGUGAGAAGAGUCAGGAAUAUGGCAGGGAGGUCCAGGCGACCGUCUCGGACUGGUGGGAGCAGCCGGCACAGCGGUGUCUUCCGUGGGAGCAGCGAGGGGGUCUGACCCUACAGCAAUGGCGCGACAGAUGGACCGUGGCAGCCACGGCGCUGCAGAGAGCGGCCGCCGGCCGAAGAUGAGGCUCCUCCGGCGUUCGGACGCGAGGAAACCUUUCGUGGGCUGCCCAGGAGCCAAUGCCGGGAGGCAGAUCCUGUCUGCACUCCUCAUUCUCGCCAGUAGGUGGCGGAACUGAAGUUACAUUGUGUGCGAGCCGCAUGAGGUCUGUUUUAAUCAAGAUUGAAGACUUGACGUCCUGGUGACACGGUGGCCCUUGGCGGGGUCCGAGGCGUGUCUGGGAAUCUUCAGGCGUUUCAUUCUGGUCUAAACCCCCCCGCGGGUAGAAUGUACAUGACCAAUUAGGACUUUUUUUUUUUCUUUUUAUCUCAUGCGAGGAAAUGAUUAACCCCUUACAUCCCCUGCUUGUUUUUGGCUAACCUUAUAUUAUGAAGCGUGAGAUCUCAUUCCUGUCCGCGGUGGGAAGGAUUGGGCGUCUGCCGCGUCCUCAACAAACUCUCUGAAAUAAAGUGGUCUUUUUUUGGUA